CCAACUAGUUAGUUCACUGUGGCGUGUGAGAUGAUAAUCUAUCCAAAUAAUAACAAAAGCAUACCCAAACAAACCCCAACCCCUCGCCGAGAAGAUGGAGAAGAGUGUAUCAGCGGCUUACACAACCUCACCGGCGCUAUUAAAUCCAAAACCAUUUUCCCCCAAAACCCCUAAUUGCUAUCAAUCAUAUUCUACUAAUCGAAGAAGGUCUUCGUUAUCCGUUAUAGCUUCUUCUAGUUUCAAGCCGCAUACUUUAUCCAGUAAUUGGGAUGUACCCACUGCUUCAGCUCCCGCUUGGAUGCCUAAAUUCGAAGAACUCGAUACCACCAACAUGCUUCUUCGUCAACGUAUUGUUUUCUUGGGAUCCCAGGUGGACGAUAUGUCAGCUGAUUUCAUAAUCAGCCAGUUGUUAUUUCUCGAUGCAGAAGAUGAGAAAAAGGAUAUUAAAUUGUUCAUCAAUUCGCCCGGUGGUUCUGUUACUGCUGGAAUGGGGAUCUAUGAUGCUAUGAAGUUAUGCAAAGCUGACAUUUCCACCAUCUGUGUCGGGCUGGCUGCAUCUAUGGGAGCUUUUCUUCUUGCUUGUGGUACAAAGGGUAAAAGAUUUUGUAUGCCUAAUUCUAAGGUCAUGAUCCAUCAACCACUUGGAAAAGCCGGAGGAAAUGCAACAGACAUGAGUAUAAGAAUAAGAGAAAUGGUGUACCACAAGGUUAAAGUGAACAAAAUACUCUCAAAAGUCUCGGGAACUCCUUACGAGAAGGUUGAAGCUGACACAGACCGCGAUUAUUUUAUGAACGCAUGGGAAGCAAAAGCAUAUGGAUUGGUUGAUGCGGUGAUCGAUGAUGGCAAACCGGGUUUAGUUGCACCAAUUGCAGAUUCAAACCCGCCACCCAAAACCCGUGUGUGGGACUUAUGGAAAAUUGAGGGGAGCAGAAAAGCUUUGAAGAAUAUGCCUUCGGAGGACAAUUUGUUGCAGAAUGGACACGUUGGUGGUCAAGAAGGUGAAGAUGAACUUAAAAAAGAAGAGCCUGCUUCUGCUUGAAUAAAAGAUUGGUCCCAUUAAAGGCUUAAAAGAUAGUGCAAGUGUAACACUAGAUGUGUUUGUUUGACUUUUUGGUCAAUUCUUGAAGUAUUUUGACCUUUUGCAUAGUAUAAUGGAUGCUUAAAGUUAAGUAUGUUUCAUCCUUUCAGUCUGGUCUGUCGAGUCCGACCAGGGUUGGUUUAGCCGUCAAGGUUUAAAUCACAUGGCAUGGUUGAGUGUCGAACGUGUUUUCGUCGAGUGUGUUUGUAUGGGUUCAAUUGUUGUGUUGAGUCAAACAUGAUCUGUUUAACACAACAUGACAAGUUUUGGCA